GCUGCUGCUGCCUCUUGCUGAGGGGAGACUCUUCUCCUUCUCCUCCUUCUCCUUCUUCUCUGGGGCCAGGAUGGGCUGCUGCUGUCGGGCGGCGCUGGGCUCCUUGGCCCUCCUGCUCCCUGCUCUGCACCUGGUGCUAUCCGAGGAGCCCAUGAGUGCAACUAGCCAGAAGUGCAAUGCCAUCUACAAGGGGUUUGCUGAGUGCCUGAUCAGCCUUGGGGACAGCAUGGCUCAAAGCGUUCAACAACAGCAGGGUGAUGACAGCAACCAAGAACAGCAGGAGUUGGACACUAUCUGCAAGUCAGUAUCCUGGGAUGAUUUCCAUAUCUGUGCUACCCAGGUCUUAUCCAGCUGCCCUGAGGAAGCAGCCAACAUCUGGGAAUCCCUUCGGCAAGAAUCUAGGAAGAUCCAGUUCCAGGGGAACCUUCAUGACCUGUGUAGCUCCCGGGCUCAGCCAGCGGGCAAUGGGAGAGCUUCGGAUAUAGAUGAAACUAACAAGGAGACUUUGCGGGGAGCAGCCUGGCUUCCCCAGCCCAGCCUCAUGGGCACGCUGACUCUUGUGGCUCUUGUAGCUUUAGUACCCUUUGCCUAGCCUGGGAGCAGGGGGGAGGCCUCCCUCCCCUCCUCCUGUCCACUGUAAUACAGACUGGUGGCUUGGCACUGCCUCCUUCCAGGAAAUUGGAUGAAGGUGGCAGUGGUGCUUAGUGCAUUCUAGUAGCAGGAACAGUGUGGCCCACUGGGUGGAGCAGGCAGAAGGUGGGCUUGCCUGUCUUGUACGUGCCCUGCCAGGAGAAGCCAGGUUAUGUGAAAAGUGCUUCUCUUGUCCCUAUGCACUUUGUCUGGCUAGCUGGCACCUCUGAUAACUCAAAACCCUGCUCUCCUCUUCCCAUCCUUCCCCAUCCCUUCAUCUCUACCAGGACCAGCCUUGCUGUCAGUUAGAAUGGGGCAGCUACUUCGUGCAGCAGAGUUUUAAUCGUAAACUAUGAAUUUACCCUCAUUGGGUUGGAUUCAAAUUGAUAUAAAUCCCAUUAAUAUCAGUGUGUCUGCUCUAAAAGUACCUAAUAUGGUUUCAAUUAAUUGCAUUUUUAAAACGUAUGUUCUACUGCCAGGGCAGGGAAGAGAUGCUUGUGAAGUUUUCUACCCCAGGUGUUAAAAUAAUUUAGUUGGCCUUGGGUACUUUGCACCUUAACUGUUCUGCCUCACAUAACAAAAUACCUUAGCCCUCCAUUGCCCACAUCACUUUCCAGUAUCCCUGCCCUGUCAUGCUGUACCUCCCUGCCCCCCAGAGACUACCCAGGAUUGAUUGAUUGAUUGAUUGAUUUAAAUUUUGUGCCACCUUUCUUCCAGAAAGAGACCCAAGGCAGCUCACAACAUAAUUUUUUUAACAAAAAAAA